AUGAAGGACCGUCUGGCGCAGCUGAAAGAGAAAAGUGAUGUUGGAGGAGAUGAUGUGGAAGUUCCAGUGGAAAAUGAGGCGUUCAUGGACGACUUCUUUACUCAGGCUGAAGACAUUCGAAUCAGCAUCGACAAAAUGGAAGAGAGCAUCACUGAAAUCAAGAAAAUAUACUCCACCAUUUUGUCAGCACCAACUUCAGAGCAGAAAACACAAGACAAUCUGGAAUCACUCACGAAUGACAUCAAGAAAGCAGCGAACAACGCCAGAAACAAACUCAAAACCAUCGAGCAGCAGCUGGCCUCCAACACCGACGAGAGAGCUUCAGCCGACCUCAGGAUACGCAAGUCACAGCAUGCGAUUCUGGCCAAGAGGUUUGUGGAGGUGAUGACGAAGUACAACGAGGCGCAGAUGGAUUUCAGAGACAAGAGCAAAGGGAGGAUCGCCCGACAACUCGAGAUCACGGGUAAAGCCACGACAGACGAGGAGCUGGAGGAGAUGCUGGAGGGAGGGAACUCAGCCGUCUUCUCUGCUGGGAUCACGGAGUCGAAGAUAAACCAGCAGGCUCUGAACGAGAUCGAGGCUCGACACAAGGACAUCGUGCGGCUGGAGAGCUCCAUCAAAGAGCUGCACGACAUGUUCAUGGACAUCGCCAUGUUGGUGGAGAAUCAGGGUGGAAUGAUCGAGAGGAUUGAGAGCAACAUGGACCAGUCGGUGGGUUUCGUGGAGAGGGCUGUGGCCGACACCAAAAAGGCAGCAAAGUUUCAGCAGGAGGCUCGCAGGAAACAAAUGAUGAUCGCCUGCUGCUGCGUGAUUCUGGCCGUCAUCGUCGGCUCCUUCCUCUACAGUUGGAUCAAAUAG